AUGAGUGCGCGCUUGCCAGUUUCGCCAUCUGGGACGCUCACGAGUGGUCCUGAUGUAUCAGGGCUCAACCUUGCGUCCGAUGUUUCUGGCGUCUCAAUUCAACAACCCCAGGACCUUGCCAUGUCAGCUCAACCGAGUGGAACGGCCGUUGAACCAAUCGGCAAGAAGAAGAGACGAUCUCGUCGUACGCAGAAGGAGAUGGCAAUCUAUCGUGCCGAACAGGCCCAAAUCAAAAAGGUACAGGCUCAGCAAAAGGCCAAGGACAAGCGACUCAAAGGUCGCGCCCGUGGGGGCAAAUCCGCUCGCUCUACUCGAUCAACUGCCCAAGGGGCAACGGGUAAAUCUGCGUCCAGAAUUUCCGAACCUGGCUCAGCCCCAGCCGCUUCCCAAACUUCAGUUCCAGAUGCCAACCCCCCGUUCAACUCGGAUGACUACGAAAACGUAUGUGGUUACCUUGAGGAGGAGUCGAACUACACACGCUUGUACGGGGAUGGGUCGAAGACGACAGUGGGGACAACUAAGGUGACCAAGGCGGCAGCUUACGACAUGUUUGCGAUCUUCAUCAAUGACAAUUCAAACCAUCGGCUUCGCCUUACCGGUAGCCAACUUCGUCAACGCAUAGAUGGCUACAAAAAGUGCUUCAUGAAGGCGAAGGAUUGGGCAGAGCAAACCGGGGCUGGUAUCGAAGAAGGCGAAGAUCUCCCGACACUGGCGGAACUCCUCGAGAAAAAAUGUCCUUUUUAUGAGCGUAUGUAUGCGAUCUUUGGCGGCAAAGCAAACGUUACCCCGCUGGCUCAGUUCGACUCUGGGGUUGGGGCCGACCUCUACAUGGAUACGACGGAAGCAAGGGGGGUGCAGAGUCGGGAUUCGUCGCCUGAGGUGUUCUUUUCUGGUUGGGAAGAAGCCGAAGACGAACAACCCCCAUCUGGGUUAACUACACCAGCCGGCCUGUUGGAUUUGACCCGAUGCUCAACCGCACUUGAGAAUCUGACUGGCCAGCUCACUCCGACACCCCAAGUCGGCCCAGAACUCAAUGACGAAGACCUCCCACCGCCUCUAGACUUCAGUGGAAGCGCAAUGGACCCUUCGCCUACCGUGACAACACAGAUAUUGCGCGCUCGUGUCAGCCAAGGUUCGGCGGGGGUUUCCUCAACCCCUGCGUCUCAAGUUCCUACCCCGGCCGCGCCGGUCAGAGAUACCAAUAAGCGAGGUAAGACUACCUUGGCUUCAGCGUUCGAGAACUCAAAUUCAGAGAAGUUUGUUUACCUCAAGGAACACAUGGCGUGGGAGAAGGAGAAGGAGGACAAUCGGCUCAGUUGGGAGAAGGAAAAAUACAAUAAGGAGCUCGCCCAUGCCAAGGAUGGCGCCGAGGGGCAGAGCAAACUAGCUGUGUUGAAGCUGAAAGCCGCGCAAGAGUGGAUAGGGCAAGGGAAGUCGGCAGCUGAGGUUGAGGGCCUGUUGAAGGUAAUCUAUGGGUGA